UAAGGCGACGACGACGAGCCUCCGAGUCCCACAAGCAUCCCGCGCUUUCAGCAUGAAGGGUCUCGGAGUCAUUCUGUGCUGCGUCCUGGCGGUGGUUUCAGCCCACGGAGGCUUCCCCGGCGCCACAGCCCCUCCCGCCACAUGCAGGCGCUGGUGCCGAACUCCAGAGCAACAAGCCUACUGCUGCGAGACCGUCUUUGAACCCGAGGCCCCCGUGGGCACCAAGCCCCUCGACUGCCCACAAGUCCGUCCCACCUGCCCACCCACACGCUUCGGUGGAGCACCUGUAACCUGCUCCAGCGACUUCAAGUGCGGCGGCCUGGACAAGUGCUGCUUCGACAGGUGUCUGGGAGAACACGUGUGCAAGCCCCCUUCCUUCUACAGCCAAUUCCGUUGAAAAGGAAAACUUAACAUAAUUAUUGAAACUAGCACUAAUAAAAUAUUUUUUUGUUUCUUUUUAAAGCAUGAUUUCAUUUAA